AUGGGCUCCCGACUCAACGGACAAUGCAUUGAUGCAGUCCUGCAUAUAGCUGACCUUCGCCCGGCGGAAAAGAUCCCUCUCCUUCCCGGACCUUCGAAAAUUGGGAGCUUGGCCCUGUCAUCUGCGGAUGUCGAAGCUGCCAGGCUACUGCUUGCCGAGCAACGCAAAUCCCAGCCAAACUUUAGACCACCAGAAGCUCGGCUACGCCACCACUUCAGUUCGAACCGGUUGAAAGAGAAACAACGCAAUCCCGCCAACUGGACUUUUAGCAAGCACGAAAUUGCUAAGGCUGUCGACUCGCUACUGUCUCACUCGCCUCUUCCGAGCUCUACAGUCGCGCAUGCCGUUUGGGCACAUCAGUCGUCGGACUCUUUGGACGAGUUAUGGUGCCAUCUGCAUGAUCCGGAUCUGGAAAAGCGAACAGCGAGCAGGUUCCGAAAAUCGAGAGCUCUGGUGCCGGCCCCCAUGACAUGGCUGGAUCUUGUCACUGCAGGCAAUCAUCUUAGUUACAUCGACCUGAUGUGUCAAGCUGGGGUUGGCCAAGAAAGCAUUAACAAAGCUUUUGGCAUCGCUCUGUUGAUGCGCAACUUCGAUGCGAUGGAGAUACUCCUCACCUAUGGUGCUUCGGCUCGCACACACAAAGACAUCAUACGCUCCCGCAUGAUGGUAGACGAUGUCGUCCUCGCCAGACUGUUACUCUCUGUGCCACGAGCUAUGGAUACCGAAGCUUGGCGAUUCUGUUUAGAACCACAGCUUGCAAGAUACCCAGUCAUACUACACAUGGUGGUUGCUCAACGGCCUGACAUCGCUUCGGUGUUCUUGUUCGUAAAGGCAAUCGAGGUGCAGAACGUCCGAGCAGCUGCAGUACUACUGGCAUAUGGCUCAUGGACCAGCAACCUCUCCGACGUCGGUAAGCAAGCAUGCUCGCUGGUAGCAAGCCUGUGUAAUCAUGAGACUCGCCACAGAUUCUUAGCUCUAUUCGAACAAGCACACAUAUUGAAUGACUGCCCAGCUUUGCAACAAGAACUCUUGAAGGAUGUCAAGCUACGCCAGCUUGACACGGUCACCUUGCUUCUGCGCUGUGGUGUGCAACCUGAUGUCGGUCCUCAAAAUGCAUUUCUCUGGGCUGUAAGAACACUGGACUUCGAAAUAUUGGACAUUUUCAUGAACGUCAAGCUUUCGAUCUCAGGCUCGUUAGCACUAGCAUCCGUAGAGGAUGUCACACCCGAGCACGAUAUGCUGAAGUUGCUAAGUCUGCUUGCUCCUAGAGGCCUGAAAGGACAACCUUUAAACAUGCACUUGAUCAGUGCGGUUAGCAACCGACAGUAUUUGCUUGUGGAGAAGAUGCUGGAGAUUGGUGCGUCAACUGAGUACGACGAUGCUCGUGGCAUAUGCGUAGCUGUGGACAACGCAGACUUUACCAUGCUUGGUCUACUGCUGCAUGUGCAAUGCUCGAAGACCGCUCUGUCCCACUCCAUACCCAAUGCUAUGGCGUUACGCCCAUUCACGUCAAGACUGCGAGUUUUGAGAACUCUUCUUUCCAAGGGCGUUGAAGCUGACGAGCUUGAACGACCGCUACAGGCCGCGAUGUUGGAGCACGACCCUACCCGGCUAGAGACCAUGGAGCUUCUACUGCAUCAUGGUGCACCCAUCGACAGCGUGGGCGAAAAUGCUCAUAAUGUCAUUCUGGCGGCGUCACGCUACGGUGAUAUUGAAGCAUUGGAGCUCUUGUGCACCGCUGGACCACGUAUGCAGACGAUCAACGAGGCCGUCCCGCUCGCAUUCAGCACAAUUCAUGCAGGUCAAUACGAUGUCACGCUUGGCACCCUCAGAUUUCUGCUAGAUUAUGGAGCUUCAGGAGACCUAGUUAACGAGACCUUGCUCACUGCACUAGCAGAGGACGAACGCCUUGAUGCUGUCCGCGAGUUGGUCGAACAUGGCGCUGAUCCGAAUUAUGACGAUGGUAGCGGAUAUAUUGUGGCCCUGAAGUCCUUCAACAACAUAGCCUUGCUCAAGAUGCUCUGCAUAUUCCGUCCUCCGAACGAGACGAGCCUGUUUGCUAUACUCGCCUUCUAUCACAAUGAAUGGGCCUACGACGCCAAGGCUUUAGAUAUCGUCCUUAGUUCGUCGAUUCACGCAACGGCUGUACUAAAUGCCUACUGGUCCCCAGAGCUGUUCGAGAACAUGGCUAAACGAUCGAAGAUUAUCUCGUGUUUUCUAAGACACGGGUUGGACAUCAAUUCGCAAGGCGGCAGCGUUCUCUGUACUGUCGUCCGUUCCGAAGAUACGACACUGCUCCGCCAUGUCCUUGCUCAUAAUCCGCGGCUAGAGAUCCUGGAAGCAGCCUUUGAUAGCGCAACAGAGCUGGGACCUAGAAAAAUUGGUCUGGAGUGCAUGAAGUUGCUACUGGAGAGUGCAAAGUCUGCCGAAAUUGGCCAAUCCGAAGCCCUCUUACGCGAAACGAAGAUGGCAGUCACUGGAGAUCUUGCGGGCCUUCAGCUUCUGCUUGCCCAUGCUGCCAUUGUCAAUCACAAUAAUGGAAGUGCGGUACUGUUUGCAGCUCAAGCGGGAGCCCUGAAAGUCCUGGACUUGUUGCUGCCUCAUCGGCCCUCGUAUGACGUCCUGAAGCAGGCAUGCCUUGCAGCGGCAGGUGCGUCACUGAGCAUCGAGCAGAAAGAUCUAGUCUUUGGCCAUCUGCUUGCCGCCAACGCCGGGUUGCUAGCCUGCAAGAAGUCGUCCCUGCUCGUCGAUUCGAUUACGGCGCUUCCGGCAUGUACACAGCUACCAAAUUUCUUGCUCGGUCGGAAUGCUGAGGUUCGGCCCGCCUCCGUCCAGGCCGCAAUACAGCAAUGUUCUCGAGAACUGUUUGUCCUGCUGCUGACUCAUUGCGAAACCGUAAAUAGAGCAGAUCUCUUCUCUUAUGCUCGAGCUACGCGCAUGGAUGUUGCUAGGAGGCAGUGGGUGUAUGAAGCACUACUCUCUGGUAACAUCCCGACGGAAAUUGUGUCCGAAGCCUUGAAUGAGACGUUCGAGCUUGAUGACAUUCACGAUCUGUCCUGCUCGAAGCUUCUGUUGCAGCAUGGUGCCGAUGUUGGUCGCCGAGAGGCAGAAGUCUUCCAACUAGCAUUCCAGGCCGGAUCGCCUGAUGCCGUAAAGCUGCUGUGUCAACACAUUACAAACGACAUAACGGCAGCCACCGUUUUCAAGGCCGCACGUGAGUUUGACUUCCAUAGCUCUCAAAUGCGCCGGGAAGUGUACCAGAGCCUAUUGCAAUGGGAUCCAGGCAAAGCAAAUGUCGAUGCAGCCCUCAUGGAGACCAUCCACAGUGCGCAUCCUGAUCAGUCAAUAUUACGUCUGCUCCUCGCCCGGGGUGCUGAUCCAAACCAAAGCAAUGCUCUUUGCUUCGUGUCUGCCGCUGUGGCAAACGCAGAAACCCUAUUCGAGGUUAUGAGUAGAUCCGCAGAUUUCGAGGUUGUGCUGCAAGCCUUGAUGGACAAAUUCGAAGACGAAGUGGAUAUCUUACGAUGGGCCAGAAUCUGUGUUCGAUGCCAGUCACGCACGCCACGCCAGCACUUCGGCAAACUAUUGCAUCAGUGCUUACGGAAAUUCCCGAACAGCACCGGUCUCCUCGAACUUCUCCUUGAUAAUGGGAUGUCUACCUCUGGGAUGACCGAUCACAGUCUCGCCAUCGGCUGGGAACCUGAGCCGUGCACUGUGCUGCUCUGGAGUCUUUCCACCAAGCCAGCUAUAUGCAAUGACGCCAUUCUUUUGCUGAUUGAAAAGAAAGGGAAUACAGUAUUGCCAUUAUACACAACUCCCACGACAGGAGUCUCCGCAGGAUUUGUCUGCUUACUUGACUCAACCCGGAUCCCGGUAUUGCAAGCACUACUCAAUCUGGAUAGAGACGCCAUCUUGGCGUCUGAGAUACCCGAACCCUCACUCGAAUAUCUGGGAGCGUAUCCAGAUGUUCAACCCGGAGAAGUAUCUGCAGAGGCAGUUGACAUUUGCAUGGCAUCGUUAUUCCUUGGGAAUCUUGAAGCAUAUCGUAUGACAAACGACGGCACAGCGAUCGAUGACGCCAGUCUGCAUCUAGCUGCUCUGCUCGCGUUGCCGAACUUCGUGCAAUGGCUGCUUCAAACACAUGAUCCCAAUGUGAAAGAAGAAGCUUGGGACUUCAGAAUACCACUUGCUGUCGCUUGUUCUGCUCGACCUGUUGCUUCGUGCAAGAUCGCCAACGCUGACGCAAAUUUUAAGAAUCGCCAGCAAGAGACGAUGCAACUCUUAGCACGCAGGACUGAUCUUACCAUACGGUACAAAGCCCGUACUGUGCUUCAUCUCGCGCUUGACGAUGGUAUUCAGACGACGAGGUCAAUGUUAGCCGCUCUAGGAGUGCGCGACGAUCCGAUGUGGCGUUCGAAGCAUAUCUUCACAGACAAUGGCGGCCAGCAGCAUACGCCCGAAGAGUAUAUCAAGCAUGUUCUGGAAGGAACUGAAGCCCACAAAGCAGAGCUCAUAGUGUGUCUAAAGCAAGCAGAGACACUCGCCCCAAACCGCCAGCCCAGCGUGGCCAGAGCGCGCAGUACUAUGACGGCGCCAGGCCAUCCAGUCCGUCUCUACAGCGGUGCACGACUUCAGAGGCGGUCGAGCUACCCGCACGCACUGCCUCCUCAUCCGACUCGAAGGCGGCCUCGUAGUGGCGUGGGAGUUUAG